AAAGGACAGAUAAGAGUAGUGGCUUCUCUCUCACUCCUGUCGCUUCUCCUGCUCUCUCUAUAUAUAUACACGCACGUCUGAGACGCAUUGAGACAUCGAAUCUUGAGUACAGAAACACUACUUCUAAAAAGAUGGCACAAGGAAACGAAGUCCAAAUUCCAAGGGUGAAACUGGGCAAUCAAGGCCUUGAGGUCUCAAAGUUGGGGUUUGGAUGUAUGGGCCUGACUGGAGCCUAUAAUUCUCCUCUCUCUGAUGAGGAUGGAAUCUCAGUAAUAAAGCAUGCUUUCAGUAAGGGAAUCACUUUCUUUGAUACAGCCGACGUUUAUGGGCCUCAUACUAAUGAAAUUCUUCUUGGGAAGGCCUUGAAGCAAUUGCCAAGAGAGAAAAUUCAAAUUGCCACCAAAUUUGGCAUCAAAAGACUGUUGUUAUCUUCUGGUAUGGAUGUGGACGGUAGUCCGGAAUAUGUUCGCUCAUGCUGUGAGGCGAGCUUGAAGCGCCUUGAUGUGGAAUAUAUUGAUCUGUAUUAUCAGCACCGGGUAGACACAAAAGUACCUAUAGAAGAAACCAUUGGUGAACUUAAGAAGCUGGUAGAAGAGGGAAAAGUCAAGUAUAUUGGUCUAUCUGAAGCCAGCCCAGACACAAUAAGGAGGGCACAUGCUAUCCAUCCAAUCACAGCUGUACAAAUGGAGUGGUCUCUCUGGACUCGUGAUCUCGAGGAAGAGAUAAUUCCACUUUGCAGGGAACUUGGAAUUGGAAUAGUUCCAUACAGUCCUCUUGGUCGUGGUUUUUUCGCUGGCAAGGGAGUUGUUGAAACUGUGGCCACAAAUAGCAACUUGGUCAAUCAUCCUCGGUUCCAAGGUGAGAAUUUGGAUAAGAACAAGACCAUUUAUACUCGAGUAGAAAGCCUGGCUAGAAAACAUGAAUGCACUCCUGCCCAGCUAGCACUAGCAUGGGUUCUUGAGCAAGGGGACGAUGUUGUACCUAUACCUGGGACAACCAAGAUCAAGAACCUGGAUAACAAUAUUGGCUCUUUGAAGGUGAAACUUACAAGAGAAGCUCUAAAAGAGAUAUCUGAUGCUGUGCCUAUCGAAGAGGUAGCUGGUGGUAGAAGCUUUAUAAACACGAAUCAUUUACAAUGGAAGUUUGCCAACACUCCACCAAAGAAUUAAUAGUACUCUUCUACUCUGUAAUCUCUACUUACACUUCAAUGUAUCAUCACCGAUAAUAUCUUGUAUGUUAAUAACUAAUUGUGCCCUUCACGCUGCACAAUUAUCAACAUGAUUAUGUAAACUAUUUGAGAGUGAUAUUAUUUUUGCUUGCUUU